UUAGCUUACCCUUGGGUGGAAGAAGGCCCAACUGUCUAUUUUCUGUGAAGUCCAUGUCUAUUCUAAGAUGCACCACUCUUUCUCUCUCCUCUCUCAAAUUUUAUUUGUACCCUCACUAUCUCCCCUCUCUCAGACCAGCUUCAAAUGUGCGAUUUUGCUCUGCAAGUUCCGGACUUGCAGUUUCGGCUACGCCCCAUUUCAAAACUGAUUCUGAAGGUUCAAAGGUUAUCUUAAAGGGAAUGGAAUAUGCUGAACUUGAAAACUGGGUUCAGUCACAAGGGUAUCGCUCGGGACAAGCACUGAUGCUUUGGAAGCGCCUGUACGGAAACAAUAUUUGGGCACAUCAUGGUGAUGAAUUAGAAGGUUUAAACAAAGAUUUUAAAGCAAUGUUGUGUGGAGUUGCUGAAUUCAAGGCAUUGACUCUAAAGGAUGUUUACACUUCAUCAGACAAUACUCGCAAGGUGGAUUUUAACAGUUGCCAUUGCUUAUUGAUCAUUAGGAGAUUGCAGAUUCUAUUUAGUUUGGCAGAUGGACUUGUGAUAGAAACUGUAGUGAUUCCUUGCGAUAGGGGGCGGAACACUGUUUGUGUUUCGAGUCAAGUGGGUUGUGCAAUGAAUUGUCAAUUUUGCUAUACUGGCAGGAUGGGCUUGAGGAAGAACUUGACUGCUGCUGAAAUUGUGGAGCAGGCUGUUUUUGCUCGACGUUUGUUCUCCAGAGAAAUUGGUCCUAUCACAAAUGUCGUGUUUAUGGGAAUGGGAGAACCGCUUCAUAAUAUUGACAAUGUCCUAAAGGCUUCAGCCAUAAUGGUUGAUGAACAAGGGCUUUAUUUCAGCCCUCGCAAAGUAACAGUCUCGACAAGUGGGCUCGUCCCCCAGUUGAAACGUUUUCUUCAAGAGUCUUCAUGUGCACUAGCAGUCAGUCUCAAUGCCACAACUGAUGAGGUCAGGAACUGGAUAAUGCCGAUUAAUCGAAAAUAUAAUCUGGCCCGUCUUCUUGACACUUUAAGGGAUGAGCUUCGCUUCAAGCACAAUUACAAAGUGCUGUUCGAGUACGUCAUGCUUGCAGGAGUGAAUGACAGCAUGGAGGACGCAAAGAGGCUGGCAGCCCUAGUCAAUGGAGUCCCUUGCAAAAUCAAUCUCAUAACUUUCAACCCUCAUAGUGGGUCUGAAUUCGAACCCACUAGUGAUGAACAAAUGGUUGAGUUUCGAAAUACCCUUGCAAGUGAAGGGUGCAUAGUUUUCAUGAGACAGAGUAGAGGUGAUGAUAAGAUGGCAGCGUGUGGACAGCUUGGGAAGCCUGGAGAUAUCCAAGCUCCUCGUCUCCGUGUUCCCCCUAGGUUUCAGGCUUCAUUACAAGGGCCUGAGGGUGCAGCUGAUAUUUUGUCCACAUGAAUUUGGCUGGAUUCCAGUGACUGAGAAACAUAGGAUCUAUGUAUAUUUCUCGAUGAGGGCCUUGUUGUUUUCCUUGCUAUCUGGAGAUGGCUCAUGGAGAAAGGUGGGUUGGGAUGUAAUUUUUGGUAGAACAUCUUUGUAUACUCGUGGGAAAAUUUGGAGUUGUAUAUAUUUAGAAACAAAUGGGGAAAUAUGCUACAAUGGACUUCAAAAAAUUAAUUGUCCAUUUGAUUGAAAUGGAGUGAUGGGCUGAGUGGAAUUACUGAUAGAAAU